CUCACUUUGUGCGCCCGUGGACCACCAGGUCGACGUAGUGUCAAAGGAUGCUGUCAACUACCUCACCACGUAUCGUGUGCGUCAUCAACGCCGCCGUAUGGACAGCACUGCUGACCAACAUCGUCCUGAAUACACAUACUGUAUAUCAAACGACAAUAGUAUUCAAUCAUCCCGUAUACUUCGAGUCGAAGACACAAGCAGCUCAGCCCGGACAUGCAUGCCCUCAACGCGGGACAGCUGAGUACGUAGAUAAGGAAACGAGUGGCGCAGCUGCCCAUUGUUCGUCGUUGUCUUUGAUGUCGUCGUCGAGGUCCGACAUACAUGGUGAGCCGGCCUUUGUCCUCGGCUGCCGUAAUUAAUGGUCCCUGCUGCCGUCUGGGCCACGCCGCGGCCCGUCGUCUAAGUCGGUCGCGAGCGCGUAACGACGGAUCGUAGUGAAAGCAGGCAGAGCGAACAAAGAAGGUCGGGACUGGUAUAUGUGUGGCUGUUUGCAGGGCCGUCGAAGCCCGCGAGUUCCUCUUCGUCCUAUACUCGACCCCAUCAAAUGCUUUCAACACCGACGCCGUCGACGAGGGCAUGGCUCUGAGGACUCCCGAGGUCAACAACACCUUGCUUUGUACAGCGUUCAAACGAGAUCCGAGCCUCAGCGAGGAGAAGAGCCUGCUACUACGCGUGAACCUGAACACACCGCAGUUUCUUACCCUUGGCCGAACAUCACCACGCAACCUAGACGGGUUGGAAGCCACGUCAUGGCGCCCCCGGAGCUGAACAAGGCGCUGGCUGUCAAGGUCAAACUGGUACUCUCUGAGAUCGCAGAGCUCUUCGAGGCCAAUGAGGCGGACCUGCCGUUCGAGAUACGCAGGGAUCGCUUCCUCGACAUCAACGCCUUCUUCCGCGCCCUCAACCUAUACAUCUCGGGUGGCGUCCUCGACGACUUCCUAUCCAAACAUGUCGACUGCAAAGAAAGGGUCGGCUAUAUCUUUGGCAGCCGAUAUCAGCACCUCGACAGCUCAAAGCCGGGCGGUGGCGGCGGCGGCAGCUCCGGAGAGGGCCCCGCGAAGCUGUUGCAGCCGCCGGGCCGAGGGCGCGACGAAAACCCGACAAGCAGCGCACCGUGGGCGCCCGACCUCGACAGGGCCGGGGCUACGGGCCUCUCGGAGGAGCCGCAGCGGGACAGGACGCGCGCCGCCGUCGAAACCUUUGGCUCGUUCGAGCCCGUGGCGGCGGACUCUGGGAUCCUGCAGGCGCGGGACGACGACGUCGCGGGUCCGCUGACGAGCGAGCAGCUCAACGCCAUCGAAGACUUGCUCAUCCGCGAGGACAUGGAGCAAGGGUACGCACAGAGGGAGAGCGCCGCCAACACGGGGCGAUCUUGGACGGAGCUGGACCUUGAGCUGGAGCCGGAGGCGGGCGCCGCCGCCGAGGACGAGGACGAGCCGAUGCCUGACUAUAUUCCGGAGGAGCCUAUCCUCACACCGCAGGAACCCGAGGCCAGUAUAGAAGAGGGGCUUGAGCCUGUCCUUGAGGAAGAUGAGGUUGCCUUAGAUGAGUUUGAAGCUGCCUUGAGAGAACUGGAGGCUGUCCCCGAAGAAGACGACGAGGCUAGUUCUGAGGAACCCGAUGAUCUCUCCGAGGAAGGUGAUGACGUUUUCCCAAAGGAGCCUGAUGCUGUCGCAGAGGCACUCGAGGGCGUUUCCGAAGAGUAUGACGAUGCUACUCCGAAGGAGCCUGAUGCUAUGACAGAGGAACUAGCAACUGUUCCCGAAGAGGCUCAUGGAGCUAUCCUAGGGGAACCUGAGGCUAUCCCCGAGGAAGUCGAGGGCUCCGCAGAGGACCUUGAGGUUGGUUCCGAGGAACCUACCGUUGCUUCCGAGGAGGCCGAGGUUGUCUCUCAAGACGCCGAAGCUGGCCCCGAGGAACCUGAAGUUGUCACCGACGAACCUGAGGCUGACUCAGAACCUGAGGUUGUCUCUGACGGGGCUGAGAGUAUCUCUCGAGAGGCCGAAGCUACCCCCGAGGAACCUGAUGUUGGCUCCGAAGAGGCUGAACUUGUCUCCGAAGAUGCAGAGGUCGUCUCGCAAGGGGAUGAGGCUACCCCUGAGGAGCCUGGGGUUGACCCCGGGGAACCAGAGGUUGUGUACGAAGGUGCUGAGGCUGUCUCCGAAGACGAGAGAACCGUCCCAGAGGAACCCAUGGACGGCGUCGAUCCACCGCCUCCGCCGGGACCAGAGAUGCCCAUGUCGGAGCCUGAAGUCGUCUCCGAAGGGGAUGGGGUUGCCUUGGAGGAGGAUACGACCGCCCCGGAGGGACCAGAUGACGACAUGGACGACUUUGAUGCACCGCCCUCGCCGGAGCCAGAGAUGCACAUGCCGGAGCCUACCAGCGGCCCCGAGCAUGCGAGCCCUCCUCCUCGCCCGUCGCCAGUACUCAGACGAACUCCGAGGGCAUUGCCAUUCACAGAAAGACCACAGGCCCCCGGCCCAGUCCCUCGUCCUCACCCAUCGCCAAUCUUUAGAGCGCCAAUGGCAUCAUCAUUUACAGAAAGACCACAGUUCACCGGCCCUCCCCUUCGCCCUCGCUCUCGCCCGUCGCCAGUUCUUAGACAGGCACCAACAUCUUCGCCGUUCACAGAAACACCACAGGUCCCCGAACCGGGCCCAGCUCCGGCCUCGCUUCUUUACCAACCUGCGAACCCGCCUCCCGCCUCGCCUCUUCCCCAACCGACGACGCCGCCCCCUGCCACACCACCAUCUCCUCCUCCUGCUCCCGCGCGGACGCAAAGCAUGCUGUUGACGCCCCCGAGUUCGAUGUCACCUGUAGGGCCCCAGCCUCCGACCUCCCCCCAGCAAACGGCUGCCCUACCGCCUACCCCUGAGUCUCAAGCACAACUCGACGGGUCCAUUGCUGCACCGGAGUCGUCACCACCACCGCCGCCGCCUCCAGCGUACGAGCCGCCUGCCCCUGAGCCUGAACAGCGAGACAUGCGGCCUGUUUCCGAGCCGGAAUCGCCUCGUGCUUCCCGGGUGCCCGAACCUGAGCCAGCACCGAGCCCGCUUGCGCUCGAAACGGAGCUAGCUCCCGCAUCGACGGCUGCGGAGCCGAGGUCCCCUCGUCCACGACGCCCUCAGGCGGCACUGAACCCAGAAUCGGCAUCAGCACCGGCACCGGCUCCGGCUCCGGCUCCGACUCCGGUCCCGAUCCCGGUACCCGCCUCCCCGGAGCCAGCCCGAGAUAAAGCCCUCCAGGGCGAGGCAGCGCCCGAGCUUCAGCUUGAGAGGGCCAAGGCCUUCCUCUCCGAGCACGUCACGCUCCGCUCCGCCGAGUGGCGCACCCGCUUCGCCCAGGUCAUCGACAUGACGUCCCGCCUGCAGCGCAUCCAGGACGGCGACGAGCCCUGGGGCCUCGCCCUCGAGCAGGUGCUCAUCAUGGUCCGCACGCACCACGCCUUCAUGCAGUACCACGACAACCGCGAGAACUUGGUCGGUGACUCUCCGGAGGCCCUGCCGCUGCCGCCGCCGCCACCGCCGCCGCCCCAACAAGACGCCAAGAAGCCCAUCAUUCUUCCCGAGCCGAAGCUGAGCCUCCACGACACCGGCGACGCAGCCAACAAGGCCGGUAGAUGGACCUACCGGGACGUCAAAGACGACAGUGAUGCGUCAUCGCCGAGCGAGGCUGUCGAGGAGCUGUACCGCAAGAGACAUCAGCGCGACGCCCGGUCGUUCUGGUCCAACAGCCACACCCACCACAAGCCCAAGUCGGGGUUCAAGUGGAACGGGUCGUCGUCGUCCAAGAGCAAGAGGCUCAACGUCGUCGAGUGCGAGAGCAAGCACUUUGAAGAGUGCAUGCGCAAGGGCCCGUCGCACACGGCAACGGUCCUGCGCAAGGCUCAGCAGGGGCAGCACAAGGUGCCCCGGGACGCCGAGGAGCUCAGCGACGACCAGUUCGAGGCCUUGGCCCGCCUCAAGGGGUACCGGCGCGCGGCCCUGCAGCAGACCCUCGGCCUGUUCGACUCGCACGAGAACCGCAUCGUCGGGGCCAGCCCCUGGCAGACGCUGCUGCCCGACGUGCGCGAGUCUCGCAGGGACGAGCUCGCAGCCGGUCGGCGGUACGCGACGAAGCCAUCGCGCCCGGAGACAUGGCAGGACGAACAGCCCAGCGCCGCGGGUCAAGGGCAAAGCCAAGAUGACGGCCGGGGUCAAGCCGCGGAAUGGACCAAGGCGGACGCAAUGAUGGCUGAGCUGGGCAAGCUGUGGGACGCGCUCAUCAAACAUCGCACUCUUUACGACGCCCUUUUGCGGACGGCAAGACGAGCCCCACGGCCCCUGAUCAUGAGCGUCGUCAAGGAUGUACGAGCGGGCGUGGUAGGAGCCAGGACGGGCGACGCGAAGCAGUCUGCAGAACCAGGCCCCCCUCGCCUUCGACCCCUCGAGGCACGCUGGCUCGAGCUGCUCUGCCAGCCAUCUGCCACAGACACUCCAGCCUUGAAGAAACGCCUCAGUGAACGCGAGCAGCUCUUCUCGGUCAGCGUCCAGGCCAUGCUCGACGACCCCAGCGCCUCGUCCCUUUUCAACGACAUGGGCCCCAAGAUGCCCGGUCCUUUCCUCCAAGCGCUGAACCGCGCGCCCCAACUUCAGCAGCGGCAGUUUACCGUGGAGGAGCUUGCCCAGUUUGUUCCGAGGCUGGACAAGAUGAAUAUUCUCCGCACGUAUGUCAAGGACAAGACGACGCCUAUGCUCGGCCGCCCGGAGCACACGGUGCAUCCUGAGCAGCGCAUUCGUUGGAGUGAAUCUGGCGACGUAGGCAAGAAAGACGAGCAAGGUGACAACGCCGCCGAAGUCCAGGCCUUCAUCAAACGCUGGGACCGUACAAAGAUAUUCGACGCGGACGCAGACGAAGCCGCCGGAUCGUACAGCAUGGAGUUGCCGAACCGCAACAGCCUCCGCUCGCUCGCCUCUUGCGUCAAGAAGCCGCACGACGUCAAAGCCGAUCAGGCGCGGACGGAGAAGCUCUUGUCGCACCUCGCCCACCGUCUGGGCAGCUCCCUGCGCGCCCUGCAGGACCAGCACGCGACGAAGCGGCACGCCCUGCACGAGCUUCUCGGCAUAACGCCCGGCGCCCGAGCGAUACACCCCGAGGAGCAUAGCGUGUCGUACGCGCAGAGGGCGAUGCGGCGCCGCAAGUUCCUCCCCGGGCCGGCCGAGUUCUGGCUCGGCGACUCGCCGCUGCAGAGACGGCGCAUCGAGCAGCAGCUUCAAGCUCGGCUGGAUCCUGAUGUUGCGCGUCGCGGCAAGAAACGAUCCUGGGGCUCAAGACUGUUCAGCAUUUUUGGGCGCGGAAAGCGGAAUGAUGGCGAAGAUGACGGCGACGAGAACGAAGAGGCAAAGGCCAGGUUCCCCCCCAGCCCUAACCCCAGCGAUGAAGACGAGAGCCCGCCAAAACGGCGUCGUAUCGACAGCGCUGACGUUGGGACGCGUGCCGGCAAAGACGCGGAGCAGCCCGCGUCGUCCAGUCAAGCGUCUCGGGCCGAGGACAAGGGCAAGGGCAAGGCGGUGGCAUCGGCUGGUGACUUGGAGAGAGACGGGGAGCUCUCCCGCACCGCCGCGCCAAGUCGGGCCCAGCAAGACGGACCGGCCAAGAAGAGAAAGGAGCCGUCUCCGCUAAAACCACAGCCGCCGAAACGAGGCUGGUUCGGGUCCCGGGGGAAGGCUGUGCCAUCGGAGUCGUUGAAGCUUCACGUCAUGAGCCCGGAUGACGGGGAGGGUUUCUGGUAAAGGGAACAAGACGAGACAGCGCCAAAUUUGUACAGCGCGUGGGUCCUGAUUAUACGACUACUUCGUAGUAUCUUAUCUAAGGAGGCAUCAAUACGAAGACGGAAGGGCGAGGCUGUCACUUCAGUAGCAAAAAGGUGGAAUGAAUUUUGGUAAUCAUUUAGACCGUGACCAUUAUAUCUCGAG